UUGGCUGAAUUUGUAAAUUAAAACUUGUAUUUCAUUUUUUGGGGUGGGGGUCCGGGGAGGUCAAUCAAAUGUUCUUUUACUAAUUAACUCAUGUCGUGCAGCUUGAUGGAGGACAAUAUGAUAAUAAAACAAUAACCAUCUCCGUCUCCCAAAACAAAGGUAAUAACUUAUCAAUUACAUCAUCCGAUAAGUCCCUGGCAAACUAGGCAACACAUCAUACAACAGGAGGAUCGCGGGAGCACCAGAGAGAUUAUACAAAUCACCCAGAUUGCCUGCGUUAAGUUGUUUUUAAUUGACAAAACUUCUCAAAUAUCAUAAUCUUUAUGUGUAGUAUGACUCAGAAAUAUUAGAACCGAAAAACAAACAAAAUAUGGUAAUCUUCAGACCACACUUUUCCCACAUCAAUCACGGGUUUAUCAAAUCGUGAACAUUUGACCCGAGCAGGCAAGGAAUCAGGUCAACUCGCCGGUCUCGCCGUCUGUUGGUGACUGCAGUUACAAAUAUCUCAAUGCAUUGCCAAUGCACUGAAAAACAUGGCGGCUUCGAAGCUUCGAGAGUAUAAAGUGACCUCAUUACCACUUGUUUACUUCGUCUGCUUCGCGUGUCCUCAUGUCACCCUCUGCACCAGGGUGAAAUAACAAAUUCUUCCAAUUUCCACAUAUGAUCAGACGAGUUUAAAGGAGAGAGAUGGCUCCGACCACCACAAGGACGCUGGCAGACAGCACGAGUCUGAAAAAACCAAAGAAAGGUAGCCGGGAAAACGCGGAUGGGAGAAGAGACAGUAUUUGUUCAAAUGUAUCAUCAGCAAGUUCAACCAGUUCCAGCAGUUCACAAGGAACACCUUACAUCCCGAGUUAUAUGGACUUGACCAAUGGGCCGGAACCAUGUGUAGUUUGUACUGAUGCUGCCACUGGGUACCACUAUCGGUGUAUGACGUGUGAAGGCUGUAAGGGUUUCUUCAGGCGGACGAUUCAAAAAAAUCUCCAAUACCACUGCAAGUGGAAUAAUAACUGUGUUAUUGAUAAGACAACCAGAAACCAGUGCCAACAAUGCCGGUACCGGAAGUGCGUAGCGGUCGGUAUGGCAACAGACCUCGUUCUGAACGAGAGGCAACGCAAAGCCAAACGAAAACUGAUAGAAGACAACAGGGAGCGCCGCCGCAGCGACACGGUCAAGAUGAAACUAAAACACGAGAGCUGCCCUCAUGAUCACCUCACCUUGGAUGACAGAGAGCUGAUUGAGAAGGUCAAGCUGGCCUAUGAAGAGACUUCACCCAAACUUGUGAGCUACAGCCUGGUUUCCAAUGAGGUAUUCAAGAUGGCGGCAUUGUCGGCCAUCUUGCCCGCCUUGGAUACUGGUCAACUUGGAACCUUCAAUUAUUAUCAGCCCGAGUGCGAGAGUCUAAAAGACCAAGAAGGGCCUUUCCCAGUGGAUCGCGCGGACCCCGUGGUGUGGCAGCAGUUAGCUGAAGUCAUGACUCCAUCCAUUGUCAGAGUGGUCGAAUUCGCCAAGCAGGUACCGGGAUUUACUGGGCUGAAUGUUGACGAUCAGAUCCUUCUGCUGAAGUCCUGUUGUAUGGAGAUAAUGUGUCUGAGGGCGGCAUGCCGGUAUGACCCAGAGCAACAGGGCCUCACGCUGCACAACGGCAUGAUGGUUAGCAAGCAGGACCUGGCCAACAGCGGUAAUGGGAGCUUAGGGUUGUUGAUUGAGCCGAUCUUCGACUUUGCCGUGGGCCUAGCCAAGUUAAAACUGGACAAAACGGAGAUAGCGCUCUUGGCUGCGGUUCUUCUCAUCCAGUCGGAUCGUUCGGGUCUAAAAGAGCCAGAAGCAGUUGAGAAGCUGCAGGAUGCAGUCUUAGGUGCUUUCAAACGAUACAUAGCUGAGGAGCGGCCGAGCCAACCUGUCCACUGGGCGAAAAUACUUAUGAAAGUGACGGACUUGCGCACGAUCAGUACCCGGCAUGCUGAGCGGGUGCUGUGUAUUAAACUAGACUGUCCCGGUGAAAUCCCCCCAAUGUUCUUGGAAAUGUUCAACGAGGGGAACAGCUAAGCUGAACAAGUCCGCGGCCGACUACUGUUUUAUUUCAUUGUGCCACCUGACUUGGUGUAUGUUUUGAUGGCUCGCCACGGACAACAUUGGCAACCAUGGUGACACAUCCUGGAUGUCGUCUGUUCAGCCAUGUUAUUUACAAAACGGGCAUUGUUGAAAGAUGUCAGUUAUAUCAACGAAGUAUGGCCAGAUGGUAGAAAGGUAACAAAUUGACAUAUUAUACGAUGUUGUUAUUGGUGUCGAAGAUGUCAUUGAUUUUGUGCCAGGAUAUCAGAGAUUCAUAUAGCCAAUGUAUCAAUAUGUUGAGACCAGUAUCGUUAAUAUCAAUUGUUAAGACCAGUGUUCCCGGAUAUCUUUAUCCAUUACAUUCACUGCUAUCAAUAUCAUGUAUAACAAUUUGGCGAAGCCAAGAAAGCACCUUCACAAAUCCACCCAUUAAAUGGGACUUCGGGCACCUUAUGAAGGAGAUAAUCUUCAAAUGUUGUCGCCGUUUUUGUAAGGAUUGGUUGAUAACCGAUGUGGGGCAUAAGCACCCAAGUGUUCCUAUCAGCCGCGCCCCUGCACUCGGGGCCUCGGCUCGGAGUGUGGGAAGAAACCGCUCUUCACUUCCGGUGCUCGACUUGUGAAACCCAUUGGGCUCCAUCACAGAAAAUGCAGGCGUUUCCUGGAGAAUACAUGGAGGGAUGUGCUGGUCUGCCCAGUGAUUGGCUGGUCCGUUGAUGACGUCAUUAGUAACGUCAUAUUUUGCUUGUGAUGUUAGUAUGGAUAAUGUAGAAUGAAAUACCUGUGCAAUAGAGAAAUAAUCACCGUGGCAUUCGAAGAAGAUAUAAAAAGUCUAUAUGUACAUAAGAGGAGAAUUUUUCUGAAGCGCAUCGCUUUUUGUGUGCCAUAAUAGCAACCGCCUGCUAAGUUAAGCCCCAGAUUUUCACCCACUUUUAAUAGCAUCAUUUUGGCUCUUUGUAGCUUGGUACCAUGUAAUGGUUAGUCACAGGGAAUGAAGGGUUUGCCUUCAUCUCUUGUUUAUACCCCUCGUGCGAGGUUUCUUACCAGUAGCCAUUUCACAGUCGGUUGUCACGCAGUGUGCUAAAUUAGAACGUUACGCUAUCAUCGCAACCUGUUUAUUUUUAUGUACAGUUCAAACAUGUGCUGAAUUAUCCAUAAAAUGUAAUAUAUUCUGUCAUUAUGCGACUGUGCUAUGACGUCACUACUACGUCACGGUUCUUCAUUGUUUGCAACGUAGGACGCUGCUUCUGGUAUCAUUUUGUGUUGUUUGUUUAUAGUUGUAUGUGCUCAUUCGGGGGAGGUGUUUUGGUUGUAGAAUGUUAAGUAAAAGAUGAACGAUAGAUGAGAUAAAGAAAGCGAAUGUACAGAUAGAAGUUAACAUUUGGUGCAAGUGAGACCUUUGGUGAUCUGGAGCACAGUCCCAACAAUAGGUAUAUGGAAGAUGUGACGAAAUGUUCAUUUUAGCUAUUGCUGUCAUAACGAGGCUGCUCUGGCGUCAUCACCUAGCGACAUCAUCUUAUAUUUUGAUGUAAUACCUAUCGUGAUUUCCCACCCAAGGUCUGACUUGUUGACUGAAUGAAAGAGAGAAUUAGAAUGAAGUGUUAGAAGGACAUGCUACCUUUAAAUGAAACGAGAUGUGACUGAGUGUUGUGAACUGCACAUUCUUAAAACCUGAGGGUACAGUUCUGUGCAUCAAGACGUUUUGCAUUGUGCGAUUUCUGUGUCUCAAGGACGCCAUCUCAAACAAGUCCAGGGGCGAAUUGGGGGAAAGGAGGACUGACUUUGAUUAGUUUAUUUCGUAGAUUUCCAAAUUUGGUUCUUACGAAUGAUUUUGUUAAGUGUAUCCAAUGCGUGUAUAAAAGUAGAUGAAACUAGGUCGUCUUGAAUAGUCAUUUUGAAUAGUACCGGUAAUGAAUAAACGAAGUGAAAGGUUCCGAAUGCGAGUUGUAAAAACAAUGCUUGAACGGCGUUUUCUAUUCUUCCCGAGGACACCAGUUUGACUGUCAUCAGAGAUAUACACCAGCCUAUGUAUCAACCAAGCGAGCACUUCACAAAGGGCCAUCAUGAUAUUCGAGUGUUUUAUUUCCUAAUCAAAGUUUUCAUCAAGCUUCCCAGAGCAUUGUUAGAAAAAUGAACCAAUCAGAACGCGUUUUUGUGACAACAGGUCCAAUUGACUUCCAAUUGACUGACAAUCGGUAGCGCUCAACUCUGCUGUUGCGAGUCUGUGAUUGUGAAUGAACCAAUCACAUUGCGUCAUUAUGGUGGAAAGAACAACUUGCUGUUGAUCAUGGUUAAGUUGUCACGGAUGGUAAUCCGUCUUAUUGUUUGAGCCUAUACAUGUAUAUUGGCUUUGCGUUGGUCUUGUUGAUGUAUAUCUGAUUGGUAACCUUGGGAUAGGACGGCAUCACCUUCAUUAUCCAUUAACCAUUCUACAUUGAAGUCGUACGCAAACAAAUGUACAAAGGAAAUCUUAUUGAACAUUUCAUAUAUAUAUUGUAAUUAUAGAAUUAUUGUAUUAUACUCCUAUAAGGACUCCACUUGUAAGAAUUAUGUUCAUUGUGUAAUAUAUAAAUUGAUUUUGGAAAGAAAACUUGUGUGAUAACACUACAAAUGGCGAGUCAAACUCUGUGGUAGCCAUGUUUAUGUCAUGUGACAUGUGCAAUAGUCACAUGACCUGUGAUCGCUGGUUUUGGUCUCGUGGUCAAAGAUGGUGUCGUCUGAAAUCCUAAUUAGGAGAUGCUGAAGAAAAUACCGACUCCACUUAUGACCAUGUCGAUCACGCUUACUUAUAUAACCUACUAAUAGUCCGUCAUUACAAUGUAUGUACACACUUAGACUCGUUUUGACGUUGGGAAUGACAUGUUUUUCUAGCAUACCGAGAUUUCAAAAAGGUUUUUUGAUGGGAUAGGGGAAAUUCUUUGGGAGAGUUUCACAUUUUGUGCCAUUCGAAACAGUUUAGAAGGAAUGUGGUGUGUUUUAGAAUAUGUCAUUGUCUCAUCGCCGAGAGUCAAAUGUGUACUGAGAAUGGAUUCAUUGGGCAUUAAAGUUUCUCAACGUCUAUAUCUAUCUGGUCCCCAAGGGCAAGUCUUCAUACUAUCGUGUGCUAAUAUGGUUCGUGUGAAUUGGACUUGGGGAUGAGGUUAGCCUUGAGUGUUUUGGGUCACCCUGUAUUGGCCAGUCUUACUAUAAUCUAUAUCUGAGUGCCAUUAGAUAAAGACCUCACUCUUUUCGGUCUAAUAAAUUAGCAUUUGAAAUGCAUGGUCCAAUGUGCUUGGGUUCUUGGUUCCACUCGUUUCUCUGUUAGGGUUGGGUGGGGGCAAAUGAUAAUAUAAAACGAGAUGGUGUUUGAAAAUCUGUAUACUUCUUAAGUGUCAAAUCUGGCGUAAACGAAAUGCCCUUCAAUUAUUUUGCAUGCAGAAGUACAGUACUAUUUGUAGUGGUUUUUUGACGUUGGUAUUUUAAGUCGGUUUUGUCUAAAGGUAGAAUAGGUGGAUAUGCUUUUAGGAAUAUUACAUUUUAGGGGAUGCGAUGUGACUUUAAAUUACCAAACAGCUGCAAGAAGAGGCCCAAAUGUCUACACCAUGCCUCAAAGAGGGAGUUUGGGGAAAUACAUUAUUUACCAUUUUGAAACUGUUCCGUUCUGAUAACGUUUAAAUUAAAAUAUUCUUUGAGAAUACCCUGACAAAGAUUUGUUUUUACAUAUUACUUGAAGCUCUUAAAGAGUGAUGUCGGUUAUGUACAUGUACCUCACACGGGCUGUAUUAUUUACGGGGAAGAAUCAUCGAACAUUAUCAUCGGUGGAAAGUAGCUUUUACAUUUUCUUCUGGUUCCUCAGUCGCAUCGCUCCCCCUAUCGGCAGUUGCUUUCUUCAGAAAUGUAAGAGAAUUGUUGUGGGUCUUCGUACUUGUAAUGUGUACAACACAACAUAGUGGCCAUAUUAUGUAGUUUAGGUUUUGCAUAUUAUAUCCAGUGUAAGA